CCCCAUAGGAAGCUCUUCUCCAUGGCUGACUUCGAGGUCGGGCGCCCGCUGGGCCGGGGCAAGUUCGGGCGCGUUUACCUGGCGCGGGAGCGCGGCUCCAAGGUGCUCGUGGCCCUCAAGGUGCUCUUCAAGUCCCAGCUCGAGAAGGAGGGGCUGGAGCAUCAGCUGCGGAGGGAGGUCGAGAUCCAGGCGCACCUCCGGCACCCCAACAUCCUGCGCCUCUACAACUUCUUCCACGACGAGCGCCGCGUGUUCCUCAUCCUGGAGUUCGCGCCCCGGGGGGAGCUCUACAAGGAGCUGCAGCGCUGCGGGCGCUUCGACGCCGCGCGCACCGCCACGCUGGUGGAGGAGCUGGCGGACGCGCUCCAGUACUGCCACAGCAAGCGCGUGAUCCACCGGGACAUCAAACCCGAGAACCUGCUCCUGGGCUUCCUGGGCGAGCUCAAGAUCGCCGACUUCGGGUGGUCCGUGCACACGCCCUCGCUCCGGCGGCGCACGCUCUGCGGGACCCUGGAUUACCUCCCCCCGGAGAUGGUGGAGGGGCGCGCGCACGACGAGAAGGUCGAUCUCUGGUGCCUGGGGGUGCUCUGCUUCGAGCUGCUCGUGGGGGCCCCCCCCUUCGAGAGCCCCUGCGUGGCCGACACCUACAGGCGCAUCACCAAGGUGGACCUUCGCUUCCCCCCGGAAGUGCCGGAGGGCGCCCGUGACCUCAUCACGCGGCUGCUGCGCUACAGCGCCCCCCAGCGGCUGCCCCUGGCGCAGGUCCUGCAGCACCCAUGGGUGCGGGAGAACUCCCGGCGGGUGCUGCCCCCGGGCCACGGCCCCGCCCCCACCCCCGCCCCCCCGCAGUGA